GCUCCUCUUUGAUACUUCCUCGCGCUUGAGGCAGUAGCUAGGAGAGGGAGCUUCAACACUAGUAUUGCCUCAUGAAAUUCAUUUCGUAAGUGGGUGGCCGAUUCAUAUAUAACAUAUUAAUUUGACUGUUUGUUUUAUGGGCUAUCUACAGACUACGAGUGGGCAAUUUAAUAAAGCAUAUACUCAAACCUAGACCUGGCAAUCGAGUCGGGUUGGGUAAUUUUGGGUCGAGACUUUCGGUUACGGGUUGGGUCGUGUUUGCUAGGCUAAUUUCGGGUCAAAUAUUGACCCAACACAUUCGGUUUCGUGUCGGGUUACAGGUCGUUUCGGGUUAUUAGCGUUCUCAGAAACAAUAUCAAGCAUGCUUCAUAUUUUCUUCAAGAACACAAAUUUUCACAAAUGCAUGACAACGGUUUACCUAACACAUGUCCAUUAACAUAUUCUCAAAUCUUCCCAUGCUAAUUAAAUGAAAUACAAAUUACACAAAUCGUCAAAAAACAAUCACAAGAGUAAUGUUAUUACAAGAAACACAUGAUAUUUGAUUAUCCUUAAGCUCCAAACAUAUGUCAUUCAAAUCCAUGUGAAUUUAUUUAAAUAUCUCACCAAUUUAAGAGUGGUUUUAUCAUUUUGGGAGUGAUAUAUAAAAUGGAGCGGGUCUAACGGGUCGACCCGCUAACCCACCCAACCUGACCCAAAAAAUUGCGGGUUAUCGGGUUCGGAUCAUUCGGGUUUCGAGUUAUUAAAACUUCUACUUUUCAAGCGGAUUCGGGUCGGGUCAACGGGUUGGAUUGUAAUUUGCCAGGUAUACUCAAACCCAAUGUGGAUCUAGUGAAUGGAAACCAUAUACAUGUCCACUUAGGAUUUUAUUAAAUCUCUCGGUGAAACUUGUAAGAUAGUUGAGGUUGUGGUUCAAAAUACCAAGACCAAAACACACAUAUUCUUCCCAUCAAGAAUACCAGGAGAUUGCCAUAGUGAAAUUGAGAGGACUUGGUUGAGGAAGCUGCAAAACCUCUCAGAUCGUGUACCGAAAGACAUUGUUCGGUUAUUGAUCAUCCAAUAAUUUGUGCAUAAAUUUUAGAUGGUCAACAUGAAUGCAAGUAUUUUCAAUCCACCUUCCAUAAUUUAACAAUAUGUUAAUUCGAUGAAUUGCUUGUGCAAAUUGUGUUUCAGCUAAACAAGUGGUAUUAGAGGUUAAUUCUAAUUCGGAGUACUAUAAGUCAUUUUAGUGGGAUUCACUCAUUCGACGACCUUGUCAUAUAAGAUCUGCAUGUGUCUUGAGGAUCAAGUGGAGAUCUGCAUAUGGUAAAUCAUUGUGUUGAAAGCCUGUGUAUACAAGGUGUCUGACAAAUGUAGACAAUCGUUGAGAGGAAGACACGAAAUUCAUGGUCCUUGUCGCGAGGGGAGGAUUUACAGGGUACAAUUCAAGUACUAUAUAAAAAAUACAAGGGAGAGCACUACGAAUUUGACCCACGUCGGACAAUAUAAAUAUAUAAUACUAAUAGAGCAUAAAGUCUCAACAAAGAGAUAUGUUGUGGCCUUAACAACAUUAUUCGAAUACCCUAAAUUGGUAGAAGUGGACGGUGGCACCAGUACCGUAAGAAACAGUUAGCACAUCUCCCCCAUUUGGAAGCAUAGACUGAAGGCCAAAUGAAUUGAAAAGCAGAAACGCAUAGACGAUGGAUACACUACCAUAUUGGUUGAUAAAGGCAGAAAUGUUAAUGUUGAGUUUGAGAACAACCUAGGUGAUGAUCCCAAAGGGAAAAAACCAGGAUAUGCAACAUAAGCAACCAUAAUACUCCCGGAUAAAACAUGUGUGUAGUCAAUCUUGCAAUGACUGAUAAGAUUAAGCAUCCAUGCAUGAUCCAUAAUGGCCAAGUAUAACUACUGUAAGGGACAACAAUCUACAACAAAGUGGGUUCAGAUUAAUUUAUCAACCCGAGUCGUUGAUGUACUGACUCACUUCUACUGUCACUCCAGGAAUUGGCCAAGUGAAACCACUUCCUAAAGUAUAGUAUAGCGGGUUUAGGUUUAAAUGUCAACCCGGGUCCUAGAUUUGACGACUACUCAGUGAAUUCUUGUUAUCUAGCAAUGAAACUGGAAUGCAAGUCUAAACUAACAAACUAACAAAGCAAAUAAACGGUUGUAUUCAGGUUAGGAGAGGUCACCCGGAUAUGGUUCCCCCUAGACUGCAGUUAAGCCGGAUUGCAAUUACCAAGUUCAGUUUCUAUGAUAGUUAUACUGCGUGAGGUUCUUAAACAGCCUGAAGUCUCGACUAAAGGUCUUCAGACCCUCUCAAUCUGAGUCUCUAGCGGGCGACUAACCUCCACCGGAGUAAACAGAUUGAGGCCUUAACAAACAAAACCUCCACUACCGGAGUAUAUCCGGUAUAGAAUAGUGAGUUGGCUCCUCGACUAAAGUCACCAACUCCCUACCUUCAAUCAAGGAUGCUCUAUCAACCUAGGCAGAUAUUCUCAUUCUAGGUUAAAGCAGAAACAACAGGAAUUUGAUCAGGAUUCAAGUCAUUCAAUCAUUCAAACCUCAAUCGAAUAUAAUCAAAUCAUAGAAUCAGUACUUGGGUUCAUACAAUCAAAGCCUAACAUACAAAUCUAGGGUUCUCCAUACCCAGAUGAAUGGGAGAACUACUCCAUGGAGAAAGAAGCAAAAGCAGAAUCAGACGCGGAAUUCAUACUGUGAAGGAUGGAUUCCUGCUCCUGGACGUUGAUCGGCACUUCUCCAAGCUCAAACUGGCCUCCAAUGGUGAUGAAGAUCAAGCUAGGGCACUUGGAGACUCUUGUUCGUCGCUUUCUCUCUCUAGGAAUCGCUCUAUCUCUCUCAAAACUCGAAUCCCCUUCUCUUUGGCUGAAAAUCUGCUUAAAAGGGCAUCAGUGGCCAAAGCACGGUCGAGGGCACGGCCGUGUAAUGCCUCAGCCCGCCCGUGCUUUGGCUAGGGUUAAUUACACGGCCACCUGUUGGGAGAAACACGGACGUGCUUUUGGGAGGACACGGCCGUGCUUUGGUGGACACGGCCGUGCUUUCAGCCCGUGUUUGCAGCUUGAAUUUGCCAAACUCAAUUAGCUCUCAGCAGUAAAAGCAUGGCCACAGAACACGGCCGUGUUCUGUUUUAGGUGUGCCCGUGUUUUGGCUCCAGCUCGACGAAAUGACUUUCGAAUGCCCCGAAACUCGUGCUUAGCCUUUCCUUUGACGCCUGGGACCUGAAAUAUGACAAAAUAGCACAACCCGGCGUAAAAUAGGCCAAAAAUACAUGACUAUGCCCCUCAAACGGAUAAGAACUAGGGGCGCAAAUAUGUGCAGUUACAUCGUUAUCAUGUACUAUUUACUCAGCAAAUUCUAUUUUAUCUAGCGGUCAAGUUGUAGGUAAGUUGUUCGCUAAAAGAGCAGAAAAAUAAGCGAGUAAAUAGUUCUAGUUUUCUAAAGCAAGAGAUCACUACAACAAUUUUGGGGUAUUGUGACAACGACGUUCGUCACAACAGAUCCUACAUUUGUCAUAAUAGAUCUAUUAUGACAAAAAUAUUUGUCAUACCGUUGGUCAAAACUACCUCGUCAAAAUAGCUCUAUUAUGACAAAAAAAUAGGCAUCUUGUCACAACAUGUUCCAGUGGCACGCCGUGCACAUUUUGUCAUAACAGGCAUCUUGUUAUGACAAAAUGUUUUGUCAAAAUAUAGAAAUGCUUCGUCA